AUGUCAACCUCCAAAUCCAAGAAAUCCACCUCGAAGGCGGAAAAAAUGAGCUUCUUCGGGCAAAAAACGGCCGCUACACAAGAGACCGCACAGGCCGCACUACAAGAUGGCUUCGGGGACUCGGACGCGGUCUUCCCCCCGGCAGCAUCAGGAGUCUCCCAGACCUCAGAUUACCUCACAAGAGGGCAUUUUGAGAGAGCUAUGGAUGCAAUGGCAACAAAACUAAUCCACACAUGGCAAUCCACGGCAGAUCAGAUCAAAAAAGAAGUACGAGACCUCUCUUCCAGGACCGCCUCAGUGGAAAUACAAUGCCAGGACCUGACGUCCACACAAGCCGACCUAACAAGCCAUGUGCAAACUCUGCAAAACAAAAUGGGAGAAAUGGAGGCUCGAAUGGCGGACUAUGAGGACAGAAUGCGCAGGAACAACUUAAGGCU